UGAGUUGGGGGGAUCUGCUGAUCCUGCGUUUUCCUGUGGCAGCGGUCUCCAGCCACAACUCCAGAGGCGAAUUCGCGUCACCGUGUGCUCCUUAGCGUCCCUUUCCCUGGGAUCUUCUCGGUUCGCAGGAUGGGUUUGCAACAGACGCUGCUCAAAGUCCUUCGCGGCGCAACGUACUCAUGGAAGGGCAAGUCACCGUACACGUCGCCUGGGGGCAACUCUACUCUCGCCACGAGCCUCGCGUUCGUCCUCGUCUUCCUCGUCUCCAUGUGGCUCUUCACCUCGCCGAGCAAAUCUCCAGCGAGCGGACUGCGCAUAGCUGACGACGCGGUAUACACGGCGGUGGUGGUGGAGGAACGGCGGGAGGUGGCGGCGGAAAACGCGCGGGAGCGGCAGGCGGCGCAAUACGAGGGAGAGAAGGCCGAGGAGGCGCGCGAACAGGCGAAGGUGGCGGCGGAACUGCAGCAAGUGGAGGAGCGGAUUAAAGAGCUGGGCGGUACUAGCGCUGCGGACGGCGAUGCUGACGUGGAGCGCAAGGCCAGCCGCAAGGAGGGUCCUGCUGACGACAGCAAGGCGGAAUCGCUGCUGCCGAGCCAGGCGGCGGAGUCGAAGGUGGAGCAGGCGCACACGGAGACCGAGACCGAGGAAAGCAGCUCCGCCGAUGACAGCGACGUGAAGGGCGAGACCCCCGAGGCAGGUGCGGGGAGCAAGGUGGAGAAGGAGGAGGCGCGGGAGAGCGAUAAGGACGAAAAGGACGAGAAGGAGGAGAAGGAGGAGGAGGCUCCCGCGUCGCGGCCGACGUCCGUGGCGCCAUACCCGCUGUGCGUGGAGCAGAGCGAUGACCACAUCCCGUGCCUGGACAACGAGAAGGCGCUCCGGCAGCUCAAGAGCACUAACCACUACGAGCACCGCGAGCGGCACUGCCCCGCUGUGGCGGAGGUGCCGCGCUGCGUGCUGCCGCUGCCCGACGGAUACAAGCCGCACAUCACGUGGCCCGAGAGCCGCGACCAGAUCUGGUACAGCAACGUGCCGAAGCCGUCGCUGGCGAACUACAAGGCGGACCAGAACUGGGUGAAAGCGGACGGCGACAAGUUUCUCUUCCCGGGCGGCGGCACGCAGUUCAAGUAUGGCGCCACGCGCUACAUCGAAUGGGUGCACGACGUGUGCCCGGAGCUCGCGUGGGGCAAGCACGUGCGCGUGGUGCUGGACAUGGGGUGCGGCGUGGCGAGCUUCGGCGCGUACCUGGACGCGUUUGACGUGCGCGUGAUGUCGGUGGCGCCCAAGGACGAGCACGACGCGCAGAUCCAGUUCGCACUCGAGCGCGGCGUCAGCGCGCUCGUGGGCGUCAUGGGCACCCAGCGCCAGCCGUACCCCGCGAACUCGUUCGACGCCGUGCACUGCGCGCGGUGCCGCGUGCCGUGGCACAUCGAGGGCGGGAAGCUGCUGCUGGAGCUGAAUCGGCUCAUCCGGCCCGGCGGGUACUUCAUCUGGUCGGCCACGCCCCUGUGCCUGCACUGCUCCGCGAAGGAGCCCGAUGACAAGGAGAUAUGGAGUGCGAUGCGCAAGCUGACAAAGAACAUGUGCUGGAAGCGGCUGGCGAAGAAGGUGCACCGCGAGUUCGGCAUUGGCGUGGCGGUGUGGCAGAAGCCCACGGACAACGCGUGCUACGAGGCGCGCCCAAGGAAGACCAUCCCGCCCAUGUGCCCCGAGGACAACCAGGCCGACGCCGCAUGGUACGAGCCCAUGGAGGCGUGUCUGCACCGCGUGCCCGCUAUCCCGGGCGCGGUGGCGUGGCCAGCGGAGGGGCGCAACCGGCUGGUGACAGCGCCGGCGCGCAUGGCGGGUGUGGUGCGUGGCCUGUUCGGGAAGGCGGGCCCUGCGGACUUUGACGCGGACACCGAGUUCUGGGAUCGUGAGGCGAAGCGGUACUCGCGGCACCUCAACAUGGACUGGACGACUGUGCGCAACGUGAUGGACAUGGACGCGCACUACGGCGGGUUCGGCGCGGGCAUCUCGGACAAGCCGCUGUGGUCGAUGAACGUGGUGCCGGCGCGCAACACCAGCGAGGCGGACGCAGCCAUGGACACGCUGCCCAUCGUGUUUGAGCGGGGGCUGCUGGGCGCGUACCACGACUGGUGCGAGGCCUUCAACACGUACCCGCGCACCUACGACCUGCUGCACUCGGACCGGCUGCUCGGGAAGAUCAUGGACGGCAACAGGUGCGACGUGGAGUUGGUGAUGCUGGAGAUGGACCGCAUUGUGCGCCCCAUGGGGUACCUGAUUAUCCGGGACACGGCGCCGCACCUGCCGCGCAUCGAGGCCAUCGCCAAGCAGCUGCACUGGGAGGUCAAGAAGGUGUUCCGCCGCCCCAGCAGCUCCGUCAUCAGCUUCCAGAAGACCAUGUGGCGCCCUGCUGCUGCCUAGGGAGGCGGGUGGGGGGCUUUCGGAGAGGGCUGAGCAAGGCCGAUGCGCCAAUGCAGACGAAUUGCACACGGGAGCUCUAGGAGCUUGAUCAAAUGCUUAGGAGCAGGCACACAAAUGCUGAGAACGAAGGGUGUAGGUAUUACCGUAGCUUGUGCUAAAUUUCUGUGCUACAGUAAUAGGAUAGUGUGCAGUGCACACAAUGUUAGAAUGAUAACUGAAUGAUUGAGUAGGGAGAGAGUACAGGUGAAUAUACCUAAGUGUUGUACCC